AGGAAAUCGAAAGAGAGAGAUUUUCAGGGCGUUCGUUCAGAGGUUCACUCUACACGUUCACUUUUCAGAGCUUCACCUGUGAACUGCAACCUACGAGACCAGAAUAAGGCGACACUCUUCUUCAAUUUUUCUCCUCUGCAGACGAACGAUCCCAUGGCCUUUCUUCCAAAAGCAGCGCGUCUUGCCCUAAUUUCAUCCCAAAGGGCCGCGUCGAUCCACACAACGCUUCCGGCGUUGUCGUCGACGCCGGCAACCUCGUCCACGUCACCCGCACCUUAUGCCCGCCCCCCACCACCUUCGCCGGCCGGUCUGUCCAAGGCCGCGGAGUACGUGAUUUCGAAGGUGGACGAUCUGAUGAAUUGGGCACGCCGUGGAUCCAUCUGGCCCAUGACCUUCGGUCUUGCUUGCUGCGCCGUCGAGAUGAUGCACACCGGUGCGGCCCGUUACGACUUGGAUCGCUUUGGUAUAAUCUUCAGACCUAGUCCGAGGCAGUCGGAUUGCAUGAUCGUAGCUGGGACCUUGACCAAUAAGAUGGCUCCCGCUCUUCGCAAGGUUUAUGACCAAAUGCCUGAGCCACGAUGGGUCAUCUCUAUGGGAAGCUGUGCAAAUGGUGGUGGUUACUACCACUACUCGUAUUCUGUUGUUCGGGGUUGUGACAGAAUUGUUCCAGUUGACAUCUAUGUCCCUGGCUGCCCCCCUACAGCUGAGGCUCUACUCUAUGGACUUCUCCAGCUGCAGAAAAAGAUUAAUAGGCGAAAGGAUUUCCUUAUUUGGUGGACCAAGUGAGGGCUUGCUACUUGUUGUUGGCUUUUGAUCUAGUGUGUCAUUUGAACUUACGUUUCUGCAAAGGAAUAAUAAAUUCAGUUCUGGAAGAACCAUUAGCUGUGUACUGUUAUCCUCUCUUAUAUUUAAAUGCAGUUGAAGGGAGUUUGCUCACAUUGCCGUGCAUAUAAGAGAAUCAGAGAAACGAUGUUUUUAUAUAUUGUUGAAUGACUUACUGUCCUUUUAGUUUUGCUUUUU